UUGAGGCUGAGUUCAGGCUUUAUUCAUCCAGGAUAAAUGACAUAGUCCGGCUUAAUCCAUUCUCUUAUCUAGUUUUGUGUAACAGUUUUAUAACAGCGGGGGAGUUGCGGGGGUUUCGUGUUGCGGAGCGUGUGUUGAAUAACCACGCAUGCGCAGUAACAUACCGGCGACGGCUGUGUGCGAACGGUGGCCUAGAGAAGAAGGGAUUACAGAGCCCGAUUUGACAGGCUGCACAAUGAGUCAGAGUAAGGACAAUGCACGACUCAAGUGCUACAAGAACAAGUCUCUCAACACAGAUGAGAUGAGAAGAAGGAGGGAAGAGGAAGGUGUACAGCUCCGCAAACAGAAAAAAGAUGAACAGCUGUUUAAGAGGAGGAAUGUUGCCACAGUGGAGGAUGUUGGAAUCCUGGAGGAAGAUGGAAUGGCCGACAGUGGCUACUUGGAGUCCCAGGCUAACAACUUGGACCCACUUAUGUGUGGGGUGAUCUCUGAAGAUAUGAUUCAAAUGAUCUUCUCCAGUUCCCCUGAGCAGCAGCUAAUCGGCACUCAGCGCUUUAGAAAACUCCUUUCUAAAGAACCCAAUCCACCCAUUGAUGAAGUCAUUGCUACUCAUGGGGUGGUGGAGCAUUUUGUUGAGUUCCUGAAGAGAAGGGAAAACUGCACAUUGCAGUUUGAAGCUGCAUGGGUGUUGACCAAUAUUGCAUCAGGUACAUCCCACCAGACACGGGUGGUAAUCAAGGCAGGAGCUGUGCCCAUAUUCAUAGAGAUGCUCAACUCGGAUUUUGAAGACGUACAGGAACAAGCAGUGUGGGCCUUGGGAAACAUAGCAGGAGAUAGCACGGAAUGCAGAGACUUUGUCAUAGAUUGCAACAUUCUACCUUCCCUGCUGCAGUUAUUGGCCAAACAGAAUCGUCUAACAAUGAUGAGGAACGCAGUGUGGGCACUCUCAAACCUGUGCAGAGGAAAGAACCCGUCUCCGAAUUUCACUAAGGUGUCCCCAUGUCUCGGUGUGUUGUCCUGGCUGCUUUUCGUCAAUGACACCGACAUCCUGGCUGAUGCAUGCUGGGCACUCUCGUACCUGUCUGAUGGCCCCAAUGACAAAAUCCAGGCUGUUAUUGACUCAGGAGUCUGUCGCAGGCUGGUAGAAUUACUGAUGCACUCUGAUUAUAAGGUGGUCUCCCCUGCUUUGCGAGCUGUCGGUAACAUUGUCACUGGAGAUGAUCUACAGACACAGGUGAUCCUGAACUGCUCAGCGCUGCAGUCCCUUCUUCACCUCCUGAGCAGCUCCAAGGAGUCUAUUAAGAAGGAAGCCUGCUGGACGAUCUCCAACAUCACUGCAGGGAACCGAGCACAAAUACAGAUGGUAAUGGAUGCAAAUCUGCUGCCUCCUCUGAUUGCUAUCCUCCAAGUAGCAGAGUUUCGCACAAGGAAGGAGGCAGCGUGGGCCAUUACCAAUGUCACCUCUGGGGGCUCUGCAGAGCAAAUCAGGCACCUAGUGGAACUGGGCUGCAUAAAACCCUUGUGUGACCUGCUCACACUCAUGGACUCCAAAAUCGUUCAGGUGGCUCUAAAUGGUCUUGAGAACAUCUUGAGACUGGGAGAACUGGAGGCCAAGAGAGGCGGAGGCAUCAACCCCUAUUGUGCGCUCCUUGAAGAGGCCUACGGUGUGGACAAGCUCGAGUUCCUCCAGGGUCACGAGAACCAGGAAAUCUACCAGAAAGCCUUCGACUUGAUUGACCGCUACUUUAACAGUGAUGAAGAGGAUCCGUCUCUGGCUCCGGCUGUCGACCUGCAGCAGCAGCAGUUCCUCUUCCAGCAGUGCGAGGCCCCGAUGGAGGGUUUCCAGCUAUAAUGCUAAAACCUAAAACCUCCUGAUGUGAUCCACCUUCAUCCUCAGCUCUGCUCAUUUCUCUCGCUCCCUGCCCACUGCCAUGAUCAAGGGCGGACGACAACCCUAGGCAAACGAUUUUUAAUUGUCAUUAUGAAAAUUGUUACCAUUACAGGAGCACGUGUGUGCGUACGUCUAAUGUGGGUCAAGUUCUGCAGUCUUGUCAGCCAGUUUGUGAAGGUCUCACUCAUCAUUCUGAGCCCUCCAACCAGCUCAUGCCCCAGCACCUUCUACUAGAUGAUCCCUGCAGCACCUCUCCUCUUUCUUUUAGUAUUCCCAUCCCAGAAAGGCAUCUCUCCGUGUUCCCACAGGGUUGAUGAUCCCAUCUCUGGUGCAGUGAGAGUUUUAGGCCUGCUCUGCUUGUCUGAUUGAAGCAUCGAUGACUUGAGACAAAUGUGGAUGUUUAUUUUACUCGCUCCCACACAGAAGAAUGAUCUAACCAGAACACUGGAUUGACCAUAAGACGCUGACCAUAUUAUUAGUUGUGGUCACUGGACUUAACUGCCCAUAGCAGGGCCGCGUGGCCAGUCCCCAAGACUUGACUUGACUGAAGGCACUUAAAUGACUUGAAUCAAAAUGGAGGCAAAUUCCCUCACCUCCUUUCUCUGACCAUUGGAUUCAGUGACCACAGAUGGACAAAUCAGAAACUUGACUGUGUCGUUGAUGGGGUGGAGCUUGUCGGUGACACACCAGGCUGCUUGUGUUCCAUCCUGGAUCUCAUUUCAAACAUUCCUCUAUCCAGUAAUGGGACUUUUUUUUCCACCUGCACAGACUGUCUCCUGCCUCUGGUGUGAUACGAAUAACCCCAUGGAACCAUGGGAAUUGGAGUCUUCCCUCGCACUGAGACAAAUGGACAGACUUGGACGAGACAAAACAGACUAAUAAACCCUGGAUUCUGUCCAGCAGCAAACCAGCGGGAAUUUUUAUUAUCUUACAAUAAUUUCAUUUAAUUUGCAGCACUUUAGUUCAGGACUGAUGCCUCAUCGAGAGUAAUUUUUACAUUAGCUAUUUAAUUGGUUGAUGAUACUGCUCAUCCCUCCUCAGGAAGAGGUGUAGAGGUGUGAUCUGUAUCCUUGGUCCCCUUCUGGUAUUACAAGGAUUACAAUGUUCUUCACUGUUAACCCUUGACACAAAGGGACUCCAGCAGAUAGUAGACAAACUGUUAGCACACUAAUUACAAUCAGUGGAUCAUACUGCCUCAACAAAGCUACAAGAACUUUAUUGUGACAAAAGUAAAUCAAUCUCUUUUUUCCCCAGAGAAUUGGAUGUUUAGGUUGGCGUCUAUUAUGUUGCUGAUGGUGCCAUAAUCCUGACUGCAGAAAUCCCUCCAGAUAAUUUCAACAAACCUACACAUGAAAACUUGAAGACUGGUGAUCAUCUUAGUUACCUAAACUGAAUGUUUGUUUACCAAGUUCUCUUUACAUUGCCUACUUUUGUCAAAUUUCUGCAGGAGAUGACCAGCUCUACAUGUUCAUUAUUGUUUGUUGUACUGAGUUUGUGCACCUGUUCCCUGUUCUGCCAUUUGCAUAAAAGCCGUUUCAUGAAAAACAGUA